AUGGAUUCACUUCACAAUAAACGCAGACAAGCGGCCUCAAUCACCGAGCCCUCUCUUGGAGCGCCUCAUCCCUCCCUCGCUGGUUCCGUCAGCCCUCUGGAGGUAUGGGAGGAAGUGGACAUAUCGUCCACCGACUAUGCCCGGAGGCGAAGUGAACUUAUACAGAUGAUGGCUGACCUCCGAUCCAUGGGUGCCGACGCGCUGAUCGACUUACCAUCCGUGGUGGUAAUUGGUGGUCAAUCUGCGGGCAAAAGCUCACUCGUCGAGGCCGUCAGUGGGAUCAACGUCCCAAGAGACAGCGGAACGUGUACAAGAUGCCCUAUGGAAUGUACAAUGUCAAGUCAUGCCUCAUCAUGGUCCUGCACUAUUACCCUACGUAUUGGCUUCGAUCGUAACGGCCUAGACCUCCAAAAACCUACUAAUGUGCCCUUUGGCAAAACGAUCACAGACAAAAGUGAUUUUGAAGUUUGGCUGCGUCGUGCUCAGGCGGCUAUCUUAAAUCCGGACGUUUCUUCUUCUUCUUUCCACACAAAAACUGUCGAGGAACUCAGGAACAUGAAAAACACACUGAAGUUCUCCCGCAACGUGGUAUGCGUCUCGAUUGAAGACCCCGAUGCGACUGACCUAUCAUUCUAUGAUCUACCGGGUUUAAUCCAAAACGAGGAAGCCGAAAUCGUCGCCUUGGUGAAGAACCUGGUGGAACAUUACACCAAGAAAGAAAACACCAUCAUAUUGACUACAAUUCCCAUGAGCGACGACAUGGAAAAUCAACAAUCCAUGAGUCUCGCCAGGGCCGCAGAUCCUGCUGGGAAGAGGACAAUUGGUGUACUUACGAAACCUGACACACUUGGUGUCGGGGCUAUCAACCAGCGCCGCAAAUGGGUAGAAAUCAUCGAAGGUCGUUCAGAGGAUCACACACUGAGGCACGGUUUUUACUGCGUGCGUCUUCCCGAUGACGCUGAACGUGCACAACGCCUGUCUCGUGCUGAAUCGCAAAGGCGUGCCACCGAAUAUUUCGACACGACGUCGCCCUGGAAGGACGUUACUGACCGUCAUCGACUUGGAAUUCCGGGCUUUGUUUCAGAUGUGAGCCAAUUGCUCAUUCAAUUGAUCGAAGAAACUUUACCGUGCCUUAGAGACGAUGUCGACAAGCUAUUUGCCAAAUGUAUCAAGGACAUCGACGAAUUACCGCCGCCUCUUGCAAAUGAUCCGCAAGUUGAGGUGCUCGGACGAGUGAAUGCGUUCUGCGAUGCCUUUAAGAAGUUUGUGAAUGGCAGUCACCAAGACAAAGAUCUUGCGCAGCAGAAUCGUGCUCUCUACACUAUUUUCAAGAGGGACAUACGCGGUACCGCCCCCGAUUUCAGGCCCUUUAAUCAACCGGAAGACUUUGUUCCGCUGGAUGAUACGGAGGGCAAUAUGACUCUUUCUGAGCGAGAUCCUGGCGUGAAAGUGUUGGGUAUAUAUGACAUCCGCAACGUCAUUCAGGAGGCGAUUGGAUGGGAGAUUCCGAACAACGUGCCGUAUCAGGCUAAAGUCAAUCUCAUCGCUCAAUUCACCAAACUCUGGGUUGCUCCGUCUGAGCGCUGUCUUGCGGGUAUCAACGAUGUGCUCGACCAAGUGAUCAAUGCACUCAUAAGCACUCAUUUUGGGCGCUUCAAAGUUCUUCAGGAUUACUUUGGGUAA